AUGUACAGGAAUGUAGAGGUCCAAAUUGGUCAAAUUGCUAGUUCUUUGAAUAAUCGAAAUCAAGGAGAAUUACCUAGCAAAACAGAGGUCAAUCCUAAGGAGCAGGUGCAAGCCAUUACUCUUCGUAGUGGUAGACAAUUAGAAGAUCCUCCAGUGAAGGAAGUUGAGAAAGAUGAGAAUGAAAAACAAGAAGAAAAGCAGAGGAACCAAGAGGCGAUUGUGGAGGAAAAUAGGCGGGAGAAUCCAAGAGAAAAGCAACCAUCAUCUUCCACUACCAUUCCAAUACCCCCUGCGGUUCCAUUUCCACAAAGAUUAAAGCAAAAUAAGUUUGAUAAAGAUUUUGAAAAAUUUGUUAAACUUUUCAAACAAUUGCACAUUAACAUUCCUUUUGCCGAUGCUAUUUUGCAGAUUCCAUCUUAUGCGAAAUUUCUCAAGGAAAUCAUGACUAGAAAAAGAGAAAUUGAACCUCCAAAGUUAGAGCUCAAGCCACUUCCGACUCAUCUAAGGUAUGAAUUUCUUGGAGAAAAUAAAACUUUACCUGUAAUUGUUAGUGCUGACCUUGAUGAUGAACAGUGUGCAAAGUUGUUAAGAGUUCUAAGAAGGCGUAAGAAGGCAAUUGGAUGGACAAUUUCAGACAUUAAAGGUAUAAGUCCGUCUAUAUGCAUGCAUCGAAUUUUAUUGGAGAACGGUUGCAAACCAGUGGUGGAAACACAAAGAAGACUCAAUCCAAACAUGAAAGAGGUGGUAAGAAAUGAAAUUCUUAAAUGGCUUGACGCAGGUAUAGUUUUUCCUAUCUCCGAUAGUGUUUGGAUUAGUCCAAUUCAUGUGGUACCAAAGAAAGGUGGAAUGACUACAAUCGUGGGUAAAAAUGAUGAAUUAAUUCCAUCUAGACUUGUGGUAGGGUGGAGAGUGUGUAUCGAUUAUCGUAAGUUAAAUACGGUAACAAGAAAAGAUCAUUUUCCCCUACCAUUUCUUGAUCAAUUAUUGGAGCGAAUAGCCGGAUAUGAAUUUUACUGUUUUCUUGAUGGUUUUUCAGGAUAUAAUCAAAUAGCUAUAGCUCCAGAGGAUCAAGAGAAGACCACAUUUACAUGUCCUUAUGGCACUUUUGCCUUUAGAAGAAUGCCAUUUGGGUUAUGCAAUGCUCCCGCAACUUUUCAACGAUGCAUGAUGGCUAUUUUUUCUGAUUAUAUUGAGAAAAUUAUGGAGAUAUUUAUGGAUGAUUUUUCUGUGUAUGGUUCAUCUUUUGAUCAGUGUCUUCAUAAUUUGGAAAAGGGAAUUGAGGUGGAUCAAGCCAAAAUAGAAGUCAUCGAAAAAUUGCCACCCCCAAGCAAUGUCAAGGGGAUAAGGAGUUUUUUAGGACAUGCUGGCUUUUAUAGACGUUUUAUUAAAGAUUUUUCUAAAAUAGUAAAGCCAUUAUGUGAUUUAUUAUGUAAAGAUACUCCUUUUCAAUUUGAUGACAAUUGUUUGGUUGCAUUUGAAAGGUUGAAGAAGGAAUUGAUUUCGGCCCCAAUUAUAACUUCGCCUGAUUGGUCACUACCAUUUGAAUUGAUGUGUGAUGCAAGUGAUUAUGCGGUUGGAGCAGUUUUGGGACAAAAGAAAGAAGGACGGUUGCACGUCAUUUACUAUGCUAGCAAGUUGCUAAAUGAAGCACAACUCAAUUAUGCAACCACAGAAAAAGAGCUAUUGGCAGUGAUAUUUGCUUUGGAUAAAUUUAGAUCUUAUCUAGUAGGAUCUAAAGUUAUUAUAUAUACGGACCAUGCGGCUCUUAAAUAUUUGUUACAUAAAAAAGAUGCAAAACCAAGACUAAUUCGGUGGAUUCUUUUAUUGCAGGAAUUUGAUGUGGAAAUAAAAGACAAAAAGGGAACAGAGAAUCUAGUAGCGGAUCAUCUAUCACGCCUAGAAUAUAUUCCAGUCAAGGAUCAAGUUCCUAUUCAAGAGAAUUUCCCGGAUGAGUUUGUCCUAGCAAUUAUCAAUUCUCCAUGGUAUGCUGAUAUUGCUAAUUUUUUGGUAAGUGGAGAGAUUCCAAAGGGAAUUAAUUACCAUCAAAAGAAGAAAUUCUUACAUGAUGUCAAAAGUUACUUUUGGGAGGAACCAUUGCUGUAUAAACAUUGUGCCGAUGGUAUGGUACGUAGAUGUAUUCCCGAAAACGAGGUUUGUGAUGCAUGCCAAAGAACUGGAAAUAUAUCUCGAAAGAAUGAAAUGCCCCUAACUACCUUCUUAGAAGUUGAAUUAUUUGAUAUAUGGGGUAUAGACUUUAUGGGACCAUUUCCAAGCUCUUUUAAUAAUAAGUACAUCUUAGUAGCAGUGGAUUAUGUUUCUAAAUGGGUAGAAGCAAUCGCUUCACCUACUAAUGACUCUAAGGUUGUACUCCGAUUCCUUAAAAAGAAUAUUUUUUGUAGAUUUGGUAUACCUAAGGCCAUAAUAAGUGAUGAAGGAAAACAUUUUUGUAACAAACAACUGGAUUCCUUAUUGUUUAAAUAUGGCUGUAGGCACAAGACAUCACUCCCGUACCAUCCUCAAGCCAAUGGACAAGCGGAGCUAGCUAAUCGUGAGAUAAAGCUCAUUUUGGAGAAAACUGUGAAUAAAUCACGCAAGGAUUGGGCUACAAAGCUAGAUGACACACUAUGGGCUUACCGAACGGCAUUUAAGACUCCCUUAGGGAUGUCGCCGUAUCGUUUAGUCUAUGGAAAAGCUUGUCACUUACCUGUAGAGAUUGAACAUAAAGCUUAUUGGGCUAUUAAAGCAAUUAAUAUAGAUUUUAAUCUUGCAGGUGGAAGGAGAUUACUUGAGCUGAGUGAAUUGGAGGAACACCGAGUUGCAGCCGACCAUGGAGUGAAGAAAAAGGAGAAAAAGCUGAUCAAAAGACGUGGAGUCCAUCAGGAUCUCGACAACCAACAGCCCUUUGCUGCAUCUGGCAACCUUUCGUAUGCUCCACGAGGAUUCGAAUUCUUCUCUAACCUUGGAAACAUAGAUGAUGACGACCAACUCACUGUCACUGAUGAAAGGAGUUCAGGGUUGUUGAGAGCAAGAGUAACACCUGGGUUGUCAAAUGUAAAUCUGCAUUUGAAAGGAGCACUACCACUGCGGCCGAUGUAUCGUAUCCUCCAUGCGACUGGUGUGAUGAAUAAUAGCAAUUGGGUCAACGACCACAAUGGUCUAGGUGAUUUGAUGAGUAAUAGCAAUGUUAACCUUACAUCUUCGGUUAUUGCUAGACACAUAGUUCAUAGCAUUGAAGAUGAUCUUAGGUUUAAAGUAAAGAAUAUAGUAAAUCAUGUUAAGGAAGUUCUGAAGGUGAAUGUUUCUUAUAAAAAGGCUUGGUACGGCAGACGCAAAGCUAUUGAACUUGUAUUUGGAUCUUGGGAUGCCAAUUUUGCUAAACUACCAAAAUAUGUUGAUGUACUUAUGCAGUCAAAUCAGGGAUCUGUGAUCAGGUGGUUGCACCAUUCUGAUAGUACGGAUCGUGUGAAGACAUUUAAGUAUGUCUUCUGGGCUUUUGGACUAGCUAUUGAUGCAUUUCACAUGUGUCGACCGGUUAUAUGCGUUGAUGUUGGUCUUGGUUCAUGGAGCAAUGAGAAGGCUGAACAAAACUUGGACCCUAGUGACGAAGGUGAAGAAACUGAAGAGGAAGCACGAUCUCUUUCGCCUGCACCUGCUCCUAGACGUCUACGAGGGAGAACUGCGCGAGAGCCACAAAUAUUUGAUAGCGCUAAGUUUUCCACUCUACAGCACCAAGAGUGGUAUAAAGCACAUGCCAACUUGGAGUUCUUGUUCGAAAAACAUGUGAGUCCCGAAGUAGAGACUGCUUUUCAGAUUUCGGAGACAUUUGACCAACUUGGUUGGGAGCCAAUUCUUCGACUACCCGAUUACUACUAUCUGAACCUUGUGCGGGAAUUUUAUGCUAAUAUCAUUAACAAGGCGAAGCAUAGUGGUGAAAAGGUGGAGUCCUUUGUUCGAGGAACACACAUCGUCUUGUCAAGACAGCGUUUAGCAAUUUUUUUGGGUUGUUGUGAUGAAGGUCCUGCAGUGAAUUUGAAAAAAGGCUUCGUCGCUCCAAACAAAAGAUGGGAUCCGGCACAUGCUAUGGCAAGGUUCGGUCUUCAGUACCAACCUUUCCGUUCAUCGAGGAAGGAGACGAUUGUUGCUACAGUUUUUAUGCCAGACAUCGCCUCAUCAUCUAUAUGA